GCGUUGCAUCGAAAGAGAUGUCAAAUUAAUAUUUUUUUCUUUUCAUCAAAAGAAGCCAAAUACUAUAAUUAUUAUAAAGAUUUGACAUAGUAAUGGAUUUUUGGAAGUCUGUUCUGUUAUCCUGUAUCACUGGGUUAACAUUCGCAGAAAAAGUGUAUCAGCCUACUGAAUGCCCAGGCUUAUACUGUGGAAAAAAAGAACUUGGUCCAGGAGAAUACUCAGGAUGUGGGGCUUGUCCAAGAGGUUACCAGCCAGAGUAUAACUCAAUAUGCAGCGAGUGCACAAGUAACCCCACAUUGUAUGACUGGUUGUAUUUAGGUUUUAUGGCACUGCUGUCCUUGUUGCUACAUUUCUUCUUCAUUGAUUACACUAACCAGAAUAAAAAAUCACUUGUAGUGCUACAUUUGUCUGCACUUCUUGAGAGUGUUAUAGCCGCAUUUCUCACAGUGUUGUUGACAGACCCGUUAGGUUCUCUGAUGAUCCGAUCAUGUCCAGUGAGUCGCCUAGAAGACUGGUACUCAAUGUUGUAUAAUCCUUCACCAAAUUACACAACAACAUUCCAUUGUACACAGGAAAUUGUGUACCCUCUUUACACAAUAGUAAUGGUAUACUACGCCUUCUCCCUGUUGUUUUUGAUGUGUCUGCGUCCAAUGAUCAGCCUCAGGUUUGUAGAAUGUCUCGGCACCAGGUCAAUAUACGCUGCUCUCUACUUCCUACCAAUCCUAAUAGUGAUCCAGGCAGUGUUUGGUGGACUUCUUUAUUAUUCAUUCCCUUACAUCAUGAUCAUAGCUUCAUUAGUGACAAGUGCUAUACACAUGGCACAAGGUAUUCAACAGGGAUUCACAGACCUGCUUGCAGAGAACUUCAAAAAUAUGCGAAAUCUGACAAUACUGAUUGGUCACUGGAUUCUGCAUUGUUAUGGAAUUAUCUCCCUUACAGAACUGAAACAACCAGAUCUUCAUGUGCCGUUGUUGUUACUGGUCUUCUUCCCUGUCAUUUUUUAUGUGGUCACAACAAAGUUCACCCAUCCUGAUAAUCUUGAUAAAACAGAGUGAUAGAUUGUUUCAUCAACAUUAAAGAUGAUACUGACUGGGCGUACUGUAAAAGAGAAGUAUGAUGAUGAAGAGCUACAGCUUUUGCAGACUUGUUGAGUACUCUGUGUAAGCAAAUGGACUUAAACAGAACAGUGUUCUUGAAAGCUGGAACAUUUACAGAGUGUGCUUGGUAAACCUUGUGCUGAGAAACUAAUCAUGAGAUUAAUGGUGGCUGCAGCAGAAAGUCUUGGUUCUAAAUCUUUCUAUGGAUGCUCACAACUGUGAACACUUUUCUGUCUUACUCAGGUGACAAAAAUUUCAGAACACUAUUCAUAAUUCUAUAGAACUAUUCCAGAACAUGAAUGGAAUGCAGUUUGUCCAACAUUUGGAUGCAAAUAUUGACAAUAUCUCUGGUAUAUGUUCAGCUUGAUCCAGAUCAAUUAUAUUCUUUGCAAUUAAUGUCUUAGAAUAUUUUUUAGAAGAAGAUUGGCCGCAUUUUAUUUUGUUAUCAUAAAUCUAGUCACUUUUAAAAUGUAGUGUGAGUCAUUUAUUUCCUUGUACAUGAUUUAUACCUUGCUUGGAUAACUCAGUAAUCCUCAGUAAAUAGAGCUCAAGACUUAAGGUUGGAAGGUUGUCAGUUAGAAACCGAGGUGUUGCGAUUGUUCUCCGUGAGCAUUAACUGAAAACAAUAUCUGUGUCAAAGGUCGUUUGUAAUUAACCUCUGUGGGGAAAGUGACUGUAGGAAAUGUGCAUAAUUUAUUUAAUCUCAGGUCUGUAAUAUUAUCAAAGUCUAGUGGGAAGCUUGAAAUUGCUGCCUUCCCAUAGAGUUCUGUAUUUAUUGGUAUUCCUGCGAGUGAGUGCAUAUUUUCAACACGGCUUUCAAUAUAGGCUGUUCCUAUAACUUGAAAAUGUAUCAUUUAAAACGACUUGUUCACAUUUUUAAGAUGGAAUUGGAAGUCCUCUCUAAUUUUUCAUAUAAAUAUACUGGUAUUGGUGUAUGAAUUUACGAAAUGUAUAUAUGAAAUGUACAGAAUCAGUAACAUUUAAAGAAAAUGUUAACAUCACUUUGGAUGUUUAGAAGCAACAUUGUAAAUAUUAGAUACUUGUUUUCAAAUGAUUGUGUGAAUGAAAAUACUUGCACUAAAAAAAUUCCUCUGAACUUUUUAACAAAUUAAGCACUGUACCAGUUCCGAGAGUCAGAUCAACGGCACCACUGAAAAAUGGUACUAGUAUAUGGUAAACUCAGAGAUAUAUUAAAUGGUUCCUAGCAUGGAACAAGCUUGAUUAGAAAUUUGACUGAAGAAUUUCAACUUGAAAAUCUUUUGCAUAAUUCUUAAAAUCUGACUAGGAUACUUUGAAUGAAUGAUACACAGCUGAGAACAAAAACAGAAAAUUCCACCUGAGUGAGUAAAAGUGAUAGCAGGGACAAUACAGUUGCUCUAAUGGAGUUGUCUGUCAUUAUGCUUAGCAGCAGAUCUGGUCAAAGAAACUGGUUCAUGUUUGAAGAUAUAGUCUGCAGUUUUAAGAAUUGAUGAGUAGCAGUUUCAACAUUCUAUAUUGUUCCAUUACUUGCAUGUGUAUGACUGAUAAUACAACAAUGUAUGUACAUUGUAUACUUCAAUAUAGUUAUUAGUUUUGUGCCAUGUACAACAAGUGUAAGUGUUAUAUUUAAGUAAUGUCUGUUUUUAAGGUAGUUCUGCACGUUUGAAAAACCGGAAAUGAUAGCGUAACAUCAUUUAUCCAGAAAACAUAGAAUAAAGCCUGGAUAUGGCAUAUGGAAAUGAAAAUCAGUUUAUGAAUUAAAGUAAAUUUAUUAUAGUGGCAGUGUUGCUAUAUUUCUAAAGUCAAAAUAUGAUAUUAAAAAUAUGGCACGUUGAAUAAAUCAAAAUAAUGUCUUAAAAUUAACGUGAAAUGUCCGGUUCCCUUUAAUCAUAGUCAAAUAUCUCAAUAAUAAGCACACAGACCUCUACAUUUUAUUUCACCAAAUUAUAGGCCAUGUGUUUAUUUACAGCUGCGAGAAGUUUUAUCAAAAUCUACAUUGCAGAAAAAAUUCUAUUCGCGAAAAUGUUACAAAAGUUAUGAUUUUCCCAAAGACUCCUAUUAUGAAAUAUUGCUCGUCAAUACGGUGAGAUCCAAAUUUUUCAAAUCAGUCUAGCAAAAAAUCAAGCACACGACCCUAUCUUUUUUAUUUGCUGAAUUUUCUAAGUAUAUUCUGAAGUUUUGAAAAAUUAGAGUUCAAUCAAAUUCUACAUUGUAGAAAAAAAUUCAAUCCAAACGUGCAGAACUACCUUAACUCAUGCCUUUUGAGUUGGUAUAUUUCCAGAAAAUUUUGGUUUUAACAUAUGAUGAACUGUAUGCUUUUAAUGACGACUGUAUGAAUAAAUCUUUACUGUU